AUGGGGUGGGUGCCUGGAAUUCUCGCCCAGAUCCAGCCACCCAAGCCGGCCAGCGGGCGGCAGUACGUGACACGAGCCAAGUGUAGUGAGGCAGUUACGAUAGCAAAAGAGAGCCGUCCGCUGCUGCACCCGCCGGUGGGACCUGCGCCCCCGGUCUUUGGCGAGCCCGAGCCCGACCAGGAGUUCGUGCCGCGGCCGGCGCCGCCUCCGCUCGGCCCCGAGUCUCCGUUCGGGCCGGUCCCACCACGCGGCGGCCUCGACCCGCUCAACCCGCACCCCCCUCGCGAUCUCCAGCCGCGCCACCUGCCCACCUCCACCACCACACCCUUCGGCGCUGGCGGCGGUUUCGGCGGUGGACCCCCCUUCGGCUGA